CUAAGCGGAGGAAUUAAAAGGCAGUACAUCGUAUCCGUCGCCACACCCCCACACUAUGUGAGUUUCUGUCGCGUGGCCACUGACAUGCAGAAAAGAGGAUCUGCGGCUUUUUCAACGUUUUUUAAAAAUCAUUUUAUAAAGUUAUUUUAGAUUGCCAGACGGUUUCCGUAGAUUUUAUUCGCCGUAGUGUUUGUGAAAAAAGGUUCCGCGAAGAUGUUGCAGGCUUGCUCUCCAUCGCACGAUUGGUUCUGCGACUCCGAGCCGCUGCUGUUUGACGACGAGUUCUGCUCGAGUCUCAUGAAGGACUUGCAGUCCAUCCCCACGCCGCCCCAAUCCCCUCCGAUGAAAGCCGGGCUCGCAAAGAGGUUAUCUACGGUGGAUCAGUUGGAGUUAGUAUCUGAACUUUUAAUGGAGGACAGCGACUUUCUCCAACUGGACUGGAACUUUACCGGCAGCGCUACAGCAGCGGAUUUGGAUCCGCUCUCGGAGGACUGCCUGUGGCAAACAGACAAACCAAGCGAGGAUAAACUCUCAGCGGUGCUCUCCACGAGUCCCUUGCUCUCCAAUAUUGACACUGAGAUUUUUGCCGAGAUCGCCGGCUCUAUGCUGGACUGCCACAGUGUGGCGCUCGCCUGUCAGGCUCUGGAGAGCGAGGACUUACCGCUGGACAGCCAGGAGCAGGUCGAGUCCACAUCUGAUUAUGGCUCACUGUCCACUGUAGAAGAAUCCUCCACAAGCGAUUCUGAGGAGGAGAUUGAUGUUGUGACCGUCCGGCGGUCAAGCACGCUGACUCGCUCUCAACACCAGCAGCAGUUGGAGGACAGCAGGCGUGAGCAGCAGCGUGCUCUCAAGCGCUGUCACUUUGAAAUCCAACAACAGCACAACUAUGCCGCCCCAAGGCCCGCCUCUCCUCCGCCCCCUCCCUCCCCUUGUUCUGCACCCAUUCUCAAACGCUCUCGAGGGUCUGGAGACUCCCACCGAAGCACGCAGAGUACGGGACGCUCUCGCAGUCUGGCCUCCCGACAGGGGGUGGACACUGAGGACGAAGAAGAGAGACGGAGGUCACACAAUGUGAUGGAGAGGCAAAGGCGCAACGAGUUAAAGAACUGCUUCCUUAGGCUGCGGGACAACGUCCCCGAACUGUCCAAAAACGACAAGGCGUCUAAGGUGGUAAUUUUAAAGCGGGCUAAAGAAAGUAUCAGAAAUCUGGAAACAGAGAACCGUAGACUGAUGCAGAAGACCGAGAAACUUCUAGAACGACAAGAACAGUUGAAAGCCAGAUUGAAACGACUCAAGAGGUUGUGAAGGUCUGGGACUAAAAAAAAAAAAUAACACACCGGUUUGGUAGCUAGAUAUUGGUUUAGGACCCUGCUGGUUUGAGGACUGUAACACUUGUGACUGACUGCAAAGACUUCAAUGUCUCUGAGGAGAUUCUGGAUUUUUUCCCCGUCUGGAAACAUGCAUGGUCAAUGCAAAAGAACGUUCUCAGUGUUGUGACUUUACAUUGUGUAAAAGUCAUUUAGUUCUUGAGUCUUAAUAUGAAGCAGUUUCAUAUACUGUAUGUUGGAUGUAUAAUCAGUUAAAAGCAUUGUUUGCCUUGAAAAAGAAACCCUAGAAGAUCCUCACACAUUCUGCCUUUUUGUUCUUGGCAUACACUUGUAAUAUUUUGGGCUGGAUCCAAAGGUUGUGAAAAAUAAGGGGUUGAAUGUAAUUUGCAGAUGAUUACGUUUUUAUAGACUGAAGUUUGCAUUUGUUGAUGUUCAGACUGGAAAGAUAAACUAUAUUGGAUUCAUGUUCAUGCAUAGCUUUUAUGGUUGAGGUCUGGAGUUUGGAGUGUAUUCAUACUAGAAUCUCACUCUGUUUUGACUCCACGUGUCUUUACUCUGUCAGUUAUUGUAUGUUCCACAUUUCUAUGUUUAUCUACCUCUAUCAGGAAGAAACCUGGCUAUUUUAUUGCCUUCAUAAUGGCAACUGUAUAGAUUUUUUUUCAUGUAAACACCACCUGUUAAAUGUGUAUGAUAAAUUAUUUAGGCUUUUUCUUCUUGGUUUAUUUGCAAGUAAAAAAAAAAGGUUCUGUUCAUCUUCAACUGCACUUUGUUUUAUAAAGUAAUAAAGACUGAGCAAGAUGA